UUCAUCAGCUCUCCGGCUCCGACAGCCACCGUAUGCACCUCGCCUUCGACCCGACGGCAUCGCUGCACUACCACGUGCUCCACUUCCCCGACGCUCAUCCGGAGGCGUCAUCUCUGAUGGCAAGCUACGACAGCACCCGUGUGCCCGACGGAGUGGCCUCCGAGCUCGUACGCUGUGCAAGUGUUCUCGUCGCGAACCGGGCAGUGGGUGCAGAGGGACUUUAUCCGAGAAGGCGAUGCCGUGGUUGCCGUGCCAGACCUGUGGUCGUCGGAUCAAUACGCACCGUGUAUAUGGCACGGCCUUCGGUGCCACGCUGUGUAUUUACAAGGAGUGUUCUACCUCCAUUGCCUUGGUGGAUUCAUUAUAAGGUUGUCAUGGCUAGAAGACAAGUAUAUAACGAUCAAACUCCGAGAUUAAAUACCCUUUUGAGGCAACCAAGAUCACGUAGAACCGAUGGAUAUGACGGAGGUAAUGUGCCCUGUGGGUACUUGAGCAAAUCAGAGCAGGGAGUUUACUAUACCCUUGUCCAUGGAUACAAACUUUGGGUAUGGGUAUUGCGCGAAGCAUCAGAAAAACGUCCAAGGCCAGAGUGGGAGCUCAAGCAUCAAGCUGACCUCGAGCUCUCUUUGCGGCGACACUACAACAAUUCCCUCGGAGGAGAUGGGAUUGGCAAGUCGUGGGUCUUAGAAGAGACACUUGAGGCACUAUCAAAUCACAGAGGAGACCAUGGAUGGGACUCUAGUGAUGAAGAUAGUAUCAUUGAUGUUCAGGGAGAAAGACGGAUCAAUAAGCCGGAGGGUUACAUACAGAGCUACGACGGCAUGGACUUAUUGUGCUACCAUCCUUACAAGGAAAUCGUUUUCUUGUGCAGCCAUUACAAUGGAUUUGCUUACUACCUGGGUAGCUACAAGUUGGAGUCCUUGGGGCGACUUCGCCCAGGCGGUCUAUUUCAAUCAGAUCAUGCGGCACCUACGGUUGAUUCGAUUGUCUAUACUCCCUGCAUGGAUGACCUGCUUCAUGCUCAUCAUGAUCUAUGAUGAACAGGUAUUAUGGAAUAACUAGUGUAUAGGUAGCAAGCUAGUUAUAGUUGAAGCACU